AUGCGAGCUCAGAGCACUCUUGCUCGCGUCCAUUCAAGGCGCACUGCAUGCGUAAAGCGAUACCAGUUGGCAUGGGUGGCACUCAAGGCUCUAGCUACGGUGCUGAAGAAGAAAGACUGGCAGGUAAAGUUGCAGGAGUUGACAGAUGCUGACAUCAAGCCCAUCGUGGAUCCGUUCGAUACUGGUGAAGGGAGACGUCAUGUGUCGUGGAUCUGGAUGAUGGACGGUGUCGAUUGUGAUGAUGAAGGCGAUAAUGAUGGCAUCCACAUUGAGUGGUGUAAGAGCCGUGCGAGGGCAUUGUGGUGGUCAGAAGAGGUUGAGCUGUUGAGGGAAGAGAUGCGCAGGGUGCUUGAGUUUUUCGCUUGGCAGGCAGCAUGGUGGGAUGAACAGGGAAAGCGGCUGGCCGUCCAUUUUUGCACACUGUGGUCACCUUACCUUUUGCCUCAAGCCAUCCCCAUCAACCCGCCAUCUCAGUCGUCUGUGCUGUCAUUACCGGACCUCACCAUACCCGAUAUCCCCUAG